UAGGUGUCGUUAUCGUGAUUAGUGUACAGGACAAAAAACAUGUAGUGUUAUCGGUACAUGUAUCAUACAUGUAGCAAUGAUACCCGACGUUGUAAACGUAGAAAUUACUAUAGAUCCGUUGGAAAUAAAGCGAAAUUCUUUCAAUGACUCAGUUUUGGAAGUGAUCAAGGCUGUAAGACCUGCGUGGUUUGCAGGCGGCGAUGUGCAAGACCAGGUGAAAUGCAAGGAAUUUACUGGUGGGAUAUCUAAUAUACUGUUUGGGUACUACCAGAGCUGGGAUGAUGUGGUGCUGAUGAGGGUGUACGGGGAGGGCAGUGGGCUGAUGAUCGACCGCGACCAGGAAAAAAUCAACAUCCAGAUACUUCAUGCAGCUGGCAGAUGUGCACCAUUGUAUGGCACGUUCAAUAAUGGCGUAUUGUACGGCUUUGUCCAAGGGGUGACAUUGGAAGUGGACACAGUUCGAGAUGAACAGAUUGGAAAAUUAAUAGCCCAAGAAAUGAUAGAGCUACAUAAAGUAAAGGUGCCAAACCAGGAGGUCAGAUCUGGUCUCUGGAAAAAAAUGAGCAGAUUUCUGGACCUGGGACCAGAUGAGUUUGCAGAUCCUGAAACUAAUAAGAGGUAUAAAGAAACUGUGAAAUCAAAGGGAGAGCUUCGUGAAGAAUUGGCUAUGUUACAAUCUCACCUUGAAGUUUUAGACUCACCGGUUGUGUUCUGUCACAAUGAUCUAUUGCUCAAAAACAUUUUAUAUGAUCAAGAUAAAGGUUGUGUGCAUUUCAUCGACCAGGAAUAUGCAAUGUAUAACUAUGAGCACUUUGACCUUGGCAACCAUUUUUGUGAAUAUGCAGGUGUUGAUGACGUUGAUUUUUCCCGCUAUCCGGACCGAGCACACCAGCUGAGAUGGUUACGAAACUACCUGGAGUUAAAAGCUGUAGAUGCUGGUCAGCCAGAUACUGUAACAGACCAGGAUGUAGAAAGAUGCUACGUCAUCACAAACAAGUUUGCUCUUGCGGGACACUUGUUCUGGGGAUUGUGGGGACUGGUACAGGCAAAGAACUCUUUAAUUGACUUUGGAUUUUUAGAAUAUGCACAAAUGAAACUGGGUGAAUAUUUUAACCGAAAAGAAGAGUUCCUAGCAUUAAAACUACCUGAGUGACCUGGAGUCCAUCUUCAUAUUAAUCAGCAGAACAACCUGGUCACCUAGGAAACCAUGAAGGAACGAUUUGACCAGAUUUAUUUUGGCAGAAGGAUGAUGAUUUGCUCACCCCUUUCUUCCCUUUUAUGUCAUUCACAAUAAUGAGAAAUUGUAACCAUGAAACAGAGAAUGGAAAUUUUAAUCUUGGUGUUUUACAUGGUCAGCUCACCUGAGCACUUAACCCUUUCAGUGCUGGAACCGAAUUUUGAAGGCCUUUGCAAACAGUUUGGAUCCAGAUGAGACGCCACAGAACCUGGCGUCUCAUCAGGAUCAAAACUGUUUGCUAUUCUGAUAGUGUUCUUUGAAAAAAAUCGAAGAAAAUGCUAAUUUUAGAAAUUCAGCAGAAGACAUUUUAGCAGACGACAAAUUUCCCAGCAUGCAAAGGGUUAAUGUUGAUGUUUAGCUUUUAGGAAACCAUGUUGGCCUUGUUUGUAUAUCAAUGCUGUUGUGAGUGCAUACAUGAGGGUUAUAGUCUUUUCUUUUAAUGACUUUUCUCUCUGAAUAGCCAUACACAAUCCUAAUGAAAUCAUACAUAUGUAAAUGAAAUUCAAACGGAAAUUUUAAGGAGUUGAGAAGUCUUCAAGUACAUUUACACACCAUGUUGGAACUAAUUGAUUGUUUGGGAAUCGUUUUAAAAUUAAAAUAAAACACAUUAACAUUCGCUUUGGAUCAUAUUAUUGUAUUGCCCGGAUGCACAAGAGUGUAUAAAAAACAAAUUUUUGUUAGCUAAUUGCAAUGCAACUCAAUGUGUAAACUAUUAUAACUAGAUCUGUCAUUGUCAUGUCAGAUAUACCCUUCACAUUGCAUCAAGUCAGAUUAAAAAGACAAAAAGGCAGUGAAAGUGAAAAGCUGAUUCCCGAAAUUAAAACUAUUCCUAUAAAAAUUUGGCUUGAUACAUCAUAUAACAUUUGAGAUAUGCCCUCAACAAAAUUACUACAUGAAAAUUUACGAGGACAAUAACUAAAAGUACGACAGCAGGAGUAUUUAUUGUAUGUGCACUUAACUUCCCAAAUUUGUGAUCUUCCGCUAUGUAGCUUUUUUAUGUCAAGAAGAUACCUGGUUUAUUUUGCAAAUAAUACCCCAUUCAAAUUUUAUUUUAAAUUCCAUAUUUGCAUCAAUACAAUAUAUUGAUGUGUUCCUCAAAAGCCUAUCCAGCCAUGAUAAAUAAAGUUGAAUUUAAAUGUUGUUUUUUUAAGCUGCCUGACACUGGCAUCAUCCCACUUCUGCAUUAAAAUGCACUUUCUUUUUAAAGAGUGCUUACCAGGUAUCUUAUUAUUAUGCCCCCGAAGGAGGGCAUAUAGUGAUCGCACUGUCUGUCUGUCUGUCUGUCCAUCACACUUUUGCGUUUAGGUUUUGAAAAAUGCUCAAGACUUCAGAUGUUACCUUCAUAUUUGGGAUGCAUGUGUAUAUGGACAAGGCCUAUCCAUGUGCACAAUUGUUUUUACCCCUUUGACCUUGACACUGAACUAAGGGUCCGCGUUUAGGUUUCGAAAUCUGCGUUUAGGUUUCGAAAAAGCCUUUUUUGGGGGCAUAUGUCUUUAGAUGGAGACAGCUCUUGUUUUCUGUAUUAAAUGUUAUCCACCAAAGCCAAGUAUGUGAUAAUAACUGCUGUUCUGAAUAUGCAUUGCAUGUUACUUGUAAUAUCUACCUCCUACCUACCUAUCUAAGUCUUUGGUUGUAACUUAUUGCUGAUAUUUUUGUUGUAUGUCGUGUAUGGAGUCAUUUGAUAACACAUAUAACAUUCCCUCAUACUUUAUGAGUGUUACAUAUAUAAUUGCAUUUUUAACAUUGCAAUUCAAGAAAUGGGAAUUGCAGAAUUCAGAGCUAUUAAAUAUCAGCUAAAGAUCAAAUGUUGGUUCUAUAAAGAUUACAAGUUUCCUUAAAUUGGUUUAGUUUUGAUGUAGGUUUGUUGCCAGAGGAUGUUUAGUUUUGAUGUAGGUUUGUUGCCAGAGGAUGUUUAGUUUUGAUGUAGGUUUGUUGCCAGAGGAUGUUUAGUUUUGAUGUAGGUUUGUUGCCAGAGGAUGUUUAGUUUUUACUCGAGAAUGUCUGUGUAGAGGUAAACUUUUAUGACAAAAUUAGUGUCUUGUUCUGAGAAAACUGGGCUUAAUUCAGUCCGCACAGGCUAAUCAGGGACAAUACUUUCCGCUUUUAUGGUAUUUUUUGUUUCAAGGACGUCCCUUCUUACUGAAAAUCAAGUUUAGGCGGAAAGUGUCGUCCCUGAUUAGCCUGUGUGGACUGAACAGGCUAAUCUGGGACGACACUUUACGCACAUGCAUUAAGCCCAGUUUUAUCAGAACAAGACACGUAUUUAUAAAGUACAUCAUAGAAUAGGCAUAUUGUUUUGCAUACUGGAAGGUUUCUAAAAUUGGCCUUAAAAGAUCAUUUUAAAUUUCCCUGAAUUAUCAAGAGAAUGUUCAUUGUUUUUGCUCAUGAAAGAGUUAUAACUGAUACAAAUGAAGUUACAUUUGAAAAUCCAUAAUAAUUAUAUUCCAUAGAAUUUUCUGAAUGAUAUUAUAUAUUUUAGAUUGCUUGUUUACUUUCUUUCCCUUUCAAUGUGAUAAUGUCUGAUGGUAUUGAUAUACUUUCUAUAUUUCAAAUAAGGCAUCAGCCAUGUUGUUAUUUAAAGAUUUCUUGACAUUCAUAUACAAUGUACACAUGCAAUUGCUUUGCCAUGAGAUAGCUGUAUUGUAUGAAUACUUUUAUUUGAUGUGCAAAUGUUAAAGCUGUGUUUGUACGAAUCACAGAAACAAUUUAGUUUUAUUUGCAUAGAUUUUGUGAAAAUGGCAUUCAUAUCUAUUGUUAAUUUUAAAUUUAUUGCUUUACUUAUGGUAUUUGGUGUUACAUGUAUUUAUCAUGUUAAAAUAUAUUUUUUUUAAUUGA